GGGAAAGAAAUUCCCCUAAACAACCGACUUUAUCGCGAACGAUGCCUUUUUUUAGCUCAGGGGAUUGAUAGUCAGAUCUCGAAUCAACUUGUAGGUCUGUUUGUAUAUCUUGGUAUACUGGAUAGUACCAAGGAUAUUUUUUUGUUUAUAAACUCUCCUGGUGGAGGAAUAAUAUCGGGAUUGGCUAUUUAUGAUACUAUGCAAUUUGUGCGACCAGAUACCCAGACAAUAUGCCUAGGAUUAGCCGCGUCUAUGGGAUCUUUUCUGUUAGUUGGUGGGAACAAUUACAAAACGUCUAGCAUUCCCUCACGCUUGGCGCCAAUGAGGUUUUUUGAUAAAAAAUAAAAAAGAGGAUAACUAUGCCUUCGUUAUAUGAAUAUAAGAAUAUCUAUAUUAUAAUAAGUAAAAAUAGCAUGGCA